GUACAUCUCCCGUAGCUGCGGCCAAGUUGUAGCAAAUGACGAUGAAAAUUGUCGAGGUGAAGCACGCUUAUUUUUGAAAUGGUUGACGAACUGGAUAUCGCUCCAUCGGAGCUGGGAACAAAAACCUAUUGGGAUUCAAGGUACGAGCAGGAGCUACAUAAUUUCGAGGAAUGCGGUGAUGAAGGCGAGAUCUGGUUCGGAAGAAGCGCUGAAAAAAGGAUAAUUGAUUUUGUGAAGGCAAAUGUUUCAAGUGCUGCGAAGAUUCUUGACUUGGGUUGUGGAAAUGGCUCCGUAUUGCGAAGGCUGCGAAAACAUGGUUAUCUGAAUCUGACGGGAGUGGACUACUGUCCGGCUGCCAUCGAACUCGCUAAUCGCAUCGCGAAAGAAGAAGACCACGAAGUGGAUAUUAGUUUCAAGGUUCUGGAUGUAUUAUCAACGUCGACGGAUUCUCCUCUUGACUUAUACGAUGUUGUGCUUGAUAAAGGCACAUGGGAUGCAAUGAGUCUCAGUAAUGAUCGAAAGUCUCGACUUCUCACGUACAAAAGUUUUGUAACUAGAUCGCUCUCUCCUUCUGGGCAGUUUGUGAUUUUCUCGUGCAACUUCACAAAAGAAGAACUGCUUCAAAUGUUCGAAGACGGCGGAUGUAUGAAGUUUCAAACAGAAAUCCCAGCUGCGCACUCCAUCACUUUUGGAGGGAGGCAAGGGGUAACAUCUACUGGUGUAGUGUUCGAACUCAGCUAAUAGAACGUCUUCUCCAAAUCAUUAAACUAUUUAUUUGCAUCCACUAAGUUGACUUGUUUGAUGUUACGGAUGAUUUGUUGAUGAAUUUUAUCUCCAUUUGCUUGAAAACAUACUUUUUCAUUUGUCGAAAAAUGCCGAACACGGAUGCGAGUAGAGUAGAGGCAAGCACCACCAUCACAACUGAACGAUAGGU